GUGGUAGGGUAAUAAACAACCCAAUACCAGGUAUUCUAUGUGUUUCACCUCUAAAAAAAACAAAGACGCGUCAUCACUCGGUUUAAUUGUGAGAAUAUCGGACUUUUUGAUGAGGUUCCCUUUGUUUCUCCUAAUUCCGUCUACCAGAGGCUUUUCAAAGAGGCAUUGGGAGUUAUUACCAACAUCGGCCAUACCAGCUGCGCUCAGAAUUGUGGAAUUCCUAGUCGUCCAAAGGAAGAGAAAAAUGGCCGGGAAAGAAAAAAACCUUAACCAGUCCAGGUACAACAAAGUCUGCUCACAGUUGGACGGCAAUCGUCAAGAAGUGCGGACGCUAACAAGAUUCUUCAACUUACAUUUAAUUCAAGACUUCAGGCCUACAGGUUAUAAUCUGAAACAAUAAAGAGGCAUGAUGGGUUCCAUUCCUGCAAGUUUCCUAAUAACAAUAACAGCCCUGCUGCUAAGAAAUCAACCGGUUGUUGGUGAUAUGUUUUCCGCUUCAGCCGAUUUGGCCAACACCUUUCGCCUUGAACAACAAGUGGUCAACGUGCUCGGAGAAUUAGUGGCCCAAACGGAAGCUAAAUUGGGAAUCAUUCGCCAAUAUCUGAAAGACUACGAGAGCGUCGUCGAAGAAAAAGCGGCUAGCGAAGAAGAGUUCAUGGAACGUGUUGCAGGGAAUCCGAUUCACGCUUACCGAUUGAUGAAACGACUCUAUUUCGACUGGCAAACAGUUGAAAAAGAAAUCAAAACCGACAAUUGGCGAAAUGCGUUGAGGCGGUUGGAACAGGUACGCAUGGGUGCAAAAUUCCCGAAAGAAGAGGACUUUUUCGGUGCAGCUCAAGCGUUAGUUCGUUUACAAGACACUUACGAAUUAAAUAUGACUCAAUUAGCAAGAGGAAAUCUUUGGGGAAGGCAAACACGAGCGGAAUUGACCGCACAAGAUUGCUUGUUUAUGGGAAAACACGCCUUCAACGCGGGAGCGUACGCUCGAGCAGUAGAGUGGUUUGAAGAAUCUUAUAUUUUGGCCGGACAGGAAAAUAACAGAACUCUAAGACAGGACCAAGUGAUGGAAUUUAUUCAGCACGCUAUCAACAUGCAUGACGAUACUUUGCAACAAACGAAAAAGCGGCAUCCGAUGGCUGUUCUAUCGCACACCAAUUCGUUCCGAUUGCCUUUGAAGGAGAAAUCGGCGGGCGUUCAGCGCAGCGAAAUCAUCCGCAGCCGAAAGUACAACGUGGGAAAGCACAUCACCGAUCAAGACGACGCCACUAAUUUCAACGCCCUGUGUAGGGGCGAAACGCUCUUGAACGAUAAGGUAUUGGCGCAGCUGAAAUGCUGGUACGAUUCCCGUCGCCAGCCUUAUUUUCUUCUCAUGCCAAUCAAAAUCGAACAGAAUUCAAUGGAGCCAGCUAUCUACACUUUUCACGAUGUCCUGAGUGAUGAUGAAAUCGAAACGAUUAAAGAAUUGGCCAAACCAUUGUUGGCUCGAUCGAUGGUGCAAGGCAGAACUGGGGCCGGACAUGAAGUUUCCAACGUCAGAACUUCAAAAACGGCCUGGCUUGCUGAAGGAUUACAUCCACUGUUAAACCGUUUAACUCGACGUAUUUCGCUUAUUACUGGCUUGAAAACGAAUCCUAUUCACGAUGAAGCUGAGCUACUUCAAGUUGCUAAUUACGGGAUCGGUGGUCAUUACGCACCUCAUCACGACUACCUGAUGAAAGGCAAAGCGGAUUUCGAGGCGAAAAAGAAAUACAUGCAUCAUCGAGAGCUUCAAGCUGGUGAUCGGAUAGCAACGUUUAUGUUUUACCUUAACGACGUGGAACGCGGUGGGUCGACGGCUUUCCCGCGGGCUGGCGUCGCUGUCAAGCCUGUCCGAGGCGGGGCAGCUUUUUGGUUCAAUUUGAAACGCAGUGGAAAACCUGAUCCUUUAACUCUUCACGGAGCCUGUCCCGUCCUAUUGGGUCACAAAUGGGUUAGCAACAAAUGGAUUCGAGAAACUGCCCAAACUUUCAACAGGCGCUGUACGCUGGAUGUCAACGAAUAAAGGAAAAGGUAAUUGCGACAAACAGACUUUUCUGGGGGAAUAAAUUAAAACCGACUAUAUUAUUGAUACGUAUAUGUAAGGUUAUGGACCUGUGGUAUAUGGAUAUUGUUUUGUCAUUAGUUUUUAUCGAUUCAAGGUUGUCACACAUAAUAGUAUAUUAUUUUUUGAAAUCUGGUUUUUGUUUUAAGUUGGCCUAGUCAAGAAUUUACUAAAUCUUCUUUAUGCAUUCAAAAAUGAAAUCCUUUUAUUGGCAACAAAACGAUUCACAAUUGAAUGUGCCUGUCUGAUGAAUGUAUUCGAAUUGUGAUUGUUUUAUUGCAAUAACAAAAACAAUAAGAAAUCCGCAUCAUAUAAUAGCAAAAUUUGUUAUAUUUUUCACUUUAAAACAGUAGAACUAUACUAACCCCUUUGC